AUGUAUAAGCGGCCUUUGGUCCUUCAAUCAUUAAAUAUUACUAAACUUACGGAACGAUGGGCGAAUGUUGCACUCGAGAACAAGUCGGGACACAUUUUCAAGCUGGAAGUCAUGCACCAAUAUACCGGACAUGAGGUCCAGAGUUCUGGAUGGCAUAUUCUGAAACCGAACCAGAAACUGACGGUGUUGAAGGUGAACUUUAAUACUGGAGUGUUCACAACUGGAACCGAUAAUUGGAAGGUUCAUGGGCUGAAGAAGAAAGAUAAGGAUAGCGAUGACUUCACCGAGUCGUGGCGCUCUGGAACCGGAGCGGCUGGUACUGACUGGAAGAAGCAUACGUUGAGAUCAGAGGAUGAUGGGGAAGUUACAGAAAUCAAGGUGUUCGAGUCGGAGAUUCAGUUCGUGUCGAAGAGUGGAACAUCGACGACUAGCUUCUACCGUCAUGAUGAGUAG